AUGUUUAACCAAGGUUGAGAAAUCUUUCUGAGAGUUUAUAAGUUAGCAAGGUGCUGAGAAUAAUGUAUGUACAUGUGAAAUCAUCUGUCCCCUCUUUGUGAAGGUUACUGUUCAAAAAGGUGAAGGCACUGCUAGAGGGAAUGUCCGGAUGAUGCGUCUGGUGGGCCCCACUGUCUCCUCAGACACACCGAUUUAUGAAUGUCUGCUUCUGCUGCCCCAUUGGCCAGGGUUAUGGACUGACAGAAUCAUGUGGAGCUGGGACAGUUACUGAAGUUACUGACUAUACUACUGGCAGAGUUGGAGCUCCUCUUAUUUGCUGUGAAAUUAAACUAAAAGACUGGCAGGAAGGUGGUUAUACAGUUCAUGACAAGCCAAACCCCAGAGGUGAAAUUGUAAUUGGUGGGCAGAAUAUCUCCAUGGGAUAUUUUAAAAAUGAAGAGAAAACUGCAGAGGAUUAUACUGUAGAUGAAAAUGGACAAAGGUGGUUUUGCACUGGUGAUAUUGGAGAAUUCCAUCCUGAUGGAUGUUUACAAAUUAUAGGUCAGUAUAUUCUCUUUUCUGUGGGUUUUUUUUUUCAGUUUUUAUAAUUUUAACCCAUGUAAAAGAUAUAAUGGUCAGGUCAUCAAUAAGGUUGAUGUUUCCAUUGGUUUAAACUUGGGGAAGGUUAUUUUACUUACGCCUCAGCUUCUCCAUCUGCAAAAUAGAGAUAGUUACCAACCUCACAGGGUGGCUGUUAGGAUUAAAUGAGUUGACAUAUAUAAAAUAUUCAGAGAAGUACCUGAACUUUAGUAAGUUGUAGCAACCAUAGCAGCAGCAGCAGGAGCAUUGGGGAUGGGGAAAUCUGAGUAGGAAAAUAACAAAUUGGUUAAUAAGAAAACAAUUAUAGUUCAGAAGAGGGCUUUUUUUGGUCAACUACAUGUGGUUCUGCCUAACUAUUUACUGUAAUACACCCUACUCUAAGCCUUCCCUACCCUUUAUUGUGUACUCCCUUUACCUCCCCACUCAAGAGACAGAAUAGGCCCAUUUUUUUUCACGGUGGCCGUUUCUAUGGCUCUAACUA